AAAAACAUUGUGUUGUUUACAACAUAAUCUUUCACUUGCUGCCGCUCAAACUUUCAACAUCUGCUCUACGCGUGUUAGUUCGAGGCACAUAACAACGUUUUCGUUAAAAGUAGACGACCCUGUGUUUGGUUGAAAGAAACCUCAAAAAGUUGGCAUAUUGUUGCAUCGGUUUGUGUGUUUGAAAGUUAUUAUUUGUCGCAUUGGAAAUGGGUACCAAACGAAAGAACAUGGAGGACGAAAUGUCUCGAUUCGAGGCAGAGAUCUCAAGUGCAACAGUAUCGUAUACGGGUCUUCCAUCUGUGCCCGCAGUGUCUGGCAGUCCCUUCAUACCAUCGCAGGUACGAACGGUCAUUGGAUCUCAAACGUACAGCCAGGUGCAGCAGAAAUUGGCGCAAGUACCACCCAGGCUACCACCUCCACCCAUGCCUCCCUUUAUGCCGGCAUACAGUGCACAACCCCAACCGUUAAUGCCUCAAAAAUCAUAUUCAACGGAACCGACGCCGGUCAUUGUCAGCAGUGCACCGAAACUGUACACCGCUCGACCUACUGUAGGCAUUGCUCCGAAGUCAGAUUCAUCUUCUGGCCCUUCGACCAGUGGCACAUCAGCCGUGCAAUCGUAUGAUAUUGCAAAUAUUCAGUACGAAGUAACGACCAAGAUUAAGAAGCCCAAAACGGAAAAGUCUGGACCAAAUCCAAUAGCUGAGGAAGCGAUCAAAGCGGCACGGGCUUCAUCAGCGCUGCAAUCCUUCGGCAACAGCGAAAGACGAGGAAAGAAAGAUAAAAAACAAACAGUACGCGUAGCCGGUGGGCAAACCUGGGAAGACAUGUCGUUGUCAGACUGGCCGGAGGACGAUUUCCGUAUAUUUUGUGGCGAUCUCGGGAAUGACGUGAACGACGAACUGUUGACGCGAACCUUUAACAAAUUUCCCUCUUUCCAACGAGCCAAAGUGAUACGUGAUAAGCGUACGAGCAAGAGCAAAGGCUAUGGGUUUGUGAGCUUCAAGGACCCGCAGGACUUCAUACGUGCCAUGAAGGAAAUGGACGGACGCUACGUGGGAAGCCGGCCAAUCAAACUACGCAAAAGCACGUGGAAAAAUCGGAGCAUUGAUGUUGUACGGAAAAAGGAAAAAGAAAAACAAGCACUACUAAGCCUUUUCAAUCAAAGCUAGUGAGCAUCAUCAUUGAGUGAGUAUGGUUGUGAACUGCCAUCAUUUUAAUUGAUCCUUCUUCAUUUGGGACUGCAUUGGAUAUGUGUGAGUGUGCUGUAUAUGUGGCAAACAACCGAAAUAUGAUGAACAAUUUCAAAUUGUGAACAAGAAAGAAGCUUUAUUGAUGAUGAAUCAUAGCUGUGUGUACUGUAAAGUGUUCAAAAGCCCUUGAAAUAGAUGAAGAAAAAUUAAAACCACA